AUGAUUGAUGAACCAAUGCUGAUCAGUUAUGCUGGACGAUAUAAGAAGAAUGAAACUCGUUCAAGACAAAGCUCAGGUGGAAGUCAAACAGCAAUUUCACAAGCUACAAAUAAGCAUAAAAUUGAUCGUCCUAAUCCAACUACAAACAGGUUGACAUUUUAUAAGUUAAUCAAAUUUGAU